AUGGAUGUCGAGACUUAUGUCGAUCUGAGUUACUCUCAAGAUCAAUGGUUUUGUAAAGCCAACAAUUGUAACUGGCCUUUUGAUUUCUCCGACUCGUUUUUCGAGUCUUUGUUCUCUUCGUAUACGGUUCAGAUUUCAACACCUGCUCAUAAUGAUUCAAGUGUCACCCCCACUCUGUGGCAUAACGAUCAACUGGAGAAUCAAAGGAAUAUCUGUAAUGAUAUCCUGUUAUGUCACCUGAAUAUAAACAGCAUACAAAACAAAUUUGAGGAGCUUGUCGCUUUAAUCAGGAAACUAAAAAUUCAUAUAAUAUUUAUCAGCAAAACAAAAAUUGAUUCCACAUAUGCUCAUAGCCAAUUUGCCAUUCCUGGCUAUACCUUAUACCGUAAUGACAGAAAAAAAGGAGGUGGAGGCAUCCUGGUUUAUAUAUCCACACUACUGCCUUCUAGAAGGCUUAAGAUUACCAGGACCUAUAAGACACUGGAAUCCCUCGCAGUUGAGAUUAGGCUUGGCACAUUUGAAAUGAUCAUUAUUGGCAUCUACCGUCCACCUAAAUCGGUAUCUGGUGAUUAUCAACUACAACUGGAAGGGGAACUUAAUGGUAUAUGCACCUGGGCCUCUUUACGAAGAAACUUUGUCAAUGUCAUUGGCGAUAUUAAUCUUGAUAGACUUAGACCAGAUAAAAGUGAAGGGAAAUUACUCUUAGAUUUGGAAGUGGAACAAGAACCCACAUGUCUUAUUGAUAAACCAACACGCACGGAGAAGAAAGGUCUAUCUCACACCUCUACCCUCAUUGAUGUGUUGUUGACAAAUAAAUCAGAGCGAUUUAAGUGCGGUGGUGUUUACUACCCAUCACUCAGCGACUAUGCCCUUAUUUAUGGGAUUUUCAAGGAAAAACUUCAACGACACCCAAACAAAGUGAUUACUUUUAGAAGCUACAAAAACUUUGAUGAUGAAAAGUUUACCCAGGACCUUUCUGAAGUUCCUUGUCAUGUGGGAGAAGUGUUCGACGAUUUGGAAGAUCACGUGUAUUAUUGGAACACUUUGAUGGCUAACAUUAUUGAUGAGAAUCUUCCAUUGAAAAAGAUGAGGGUAAGAGCUAAAGAUGUACCUUAUAUGAGGACAAAGAGGAGGGCAUUAGCAACCUAUCAAAAUGACAAAUCUGAUUCCAACGUAAUGAAGCCACGCGACAAAGGAGAAUAG